GAGUGUCUGAAUCAUCUGACAACACAAUUCAAGAAGAGUUCGCGCGUUCAUCGGCUUUCCGGGCUCUAUUUGGAGAAGAAAGGAAGAUUCGAAGAUGCUCAUGCUGUUUAUACACAGCUGUUGAACGAAGAUCCCACGAAUACGCUGGCACGCAAGCGUAUGAUUGCUAUGCUCAAAGCUCAGCGAAAGAUUACCGAGGCAAUCGAUGGUUUACGUCAGUAUCUAAACACGUGA